UCGAACGUUUCUUCGAAUUUUUUCGAUAUUUUUUUCUCGUUUUUGUAGAUUCUAGCGUCUAAAUGAGUACUAAAGAGCAACAUAAUUGCGUUCUGUGUGACUCGAAGUUGGAAUCUAAAGAGGCACUGCAGGAACAUUUCAGAAAACAUGCAAACAAGGAGAUAGAUGCACGUGGCAAGCCUGUAAAGAACAACAAGAAUGCAGAUACUCAAUGUGAUAUAUGUAACCAAUCAUUUAAUACAAUAUCCGCAACGAUAAGGCAUAGAUAUAAAAUGCAUCCUAAUUCACCUACUAAAUUCUAUUGCUUUUAUUGUGGAAAACAAUUCCCUCUAAAGACUCACAGAGAUAAUCAUCAAAUCUCGCAUGAUGCAUCAGAGAGUGAAAAGAAUGAGCAUCACAGAAAAUGUGAAGACUGUAACGUUACAUUUUACAAUGACAAGGCUUGGAAUUAUCAUUAUCGUUCAAUACACAAAAGAUUGGUAUACUUAUUCCAACCAAUAGCCACUCCACCACCUAGUAAUAAAAUCAAACUGAACUCUAUGAACGAUGCAUUAAGCGUAUACUAUUGCCAUUUGUGCGGUGUUGAAUAUGUUAUAAAAUUCAAUUUGCAGCAGCAUUUGGAAAAGGCGCACACUAGAGAGGAACGAGAGGCUGUGCCAGGUGAUUUGAUUAAGUGUACAGUUUGCUCAGCAUUAUUUUGCAACAAGAAAGCCUAUAACGUGCACAAUGCUUACCAUCACCCAGAAGACUUAUAUGUAACUUCUGAGCAACAGAGAGUGCAGACAGUGACCAAAGUUGAUCAGGAUUUUGAUAUCAGAAGAGUGGAGCCUGUAGCUGAUAAAUAUAUACCGCGAUCUAAUAUAUUUAAGAGGCCGCUGACAAAAAGAUCAAAGAUAGAAGCAAAGGAAAUAAAGAAAGCAGCCUCCGCAGCCUCGGAUGAUCCUACAGGCAAUGAGUCCAGUGAUUCUGAGAGUGACAUUCCGCUAAAACAAAGGAUUGCCAGCUAACGGAGACUUCUUCUCUAAUCGCGAAAGGUUUUUUCUAUUUCUCUUUGAGAAGAUUUUCUUGUACAAAAGAUUUAUUAGAACUACUACAAUCAAGAUAACUAUCUAAUUUGAAGCUUUUUUUACAAUUGUUAUAUACAUAAUAUAUAUUAAAUGUUAGAA